AUGGGUUGUGAUGACGUUGCAGAUCUUGUUGCAAGCGAACUUGGCUUACAAAACAGACGAAAGAUCUUUGAUAAUUAUUAUUUAUUUGUAAAUCCGUAUGUUCCUCGACGAUCUAAACGAGCAACGAAUGAUUUUACCGAUUUAUUGACUAAACAUGAAAAAGUAUCAUGGGCUGAACAACAACAAUCACGAAAUCGUGUCAAAAGAGAUUUUAUUGAUAAACGUGCACAAGAAGAUCGUGUCUAUCGUUCUGUAUCAUUUUCUGAUCCAAAAUGGUCAAAAGAAUGGUAUUUAAAAGAUACAAGACCAGAAAGUUCAAGUUAUUUACCAAAACUUGAUUUACACGUUUUACCAGCAUGGGCAGCAGGUUAUACAGGUAAAGGUGUUAAAGUAACAAUACUUGAUGAUGGUCUUGAAUGGAAUAAUUCGGAUAUAUUGGCAAAUUAUGAUUCAAAAGCAAGUUAUGAUUUAAAUGAUAAUGAUGAUGAUCCAAGUCCACGAUACGAUCCUACAAAUGAAAACAAACAUGGAACACGAUGUGCAGGAGAAGUUGCUAUGGUUGCCAAUAAUUCUAUUUGUGGUGUUGGUAUCGCAUAUAAUGCAAAAAUAGGUGGUAUUCGAAUGUUAGAUGGUCAUGUUACUGAUCGUGUUGAAGCUGAAGCUAUUGCUUUUAAUCAUAAAUAUAUCGACAUUUAUUCAGCUUCAUGGGGUCCAAAUGAUGAUGGACGAACAGUUGAAGGUCCCGGUACGCUUGCUUCAGCUGCUUUUAUCAAAGGAAUAACAGAAGGUCGUAAUGGUAAAGGUGUUAUUUAUGUUUGGGCAUCAGGUAAUGGCGGACGACGACAAGAUAAUUGCAAUUGUGAUGGUUAUACUGGCUCAAUUUAUACAAUUUCAAUAUCAUCUGCAUCUGAACAUCAACAAUCACCAUGGUAUGCUGAACGUUGUCCAAGUACAAUGGCAACAACAUAUUCAUCAGGAGCUUAUAAAGAUCAAAAAGUCACAACAACAGAUCUUCAUAAUUCAUGUACUGAUGAUCAUACAGGAACAUCGGCUUCAGCCCCAUUAGCUGCUGGUAUAUUUGCUCUUGUAUUAGAAGCAAACCCGGAACUAACAUGGCGUGACAUGCAACAUUUAGUUGCCUGGACAUCAGAAUAUGCACCAUUGGCUGAUAAUCAUGGUUGGACAACAAAUGGUGCAGGUUUUAAAGUGAAUAGUCGCUUUGGUUUUGGUCUUUUAAAUGCCGCUGCAUUAACUGAAGCAGCAAAAAAUUGGGUUACUGUACCUAAACAAAGUAUUUGUGAAAUUGAACCAGUUAAAUUUCAACCACAACGUAUCAGUGCUGCUCGUCCAUUAGAAAUCGAUUUUGAAGUGAAAGGUUGUGAAGGCGAAAAUAAUGUAGUCCGUUUUCUUGAACAUGUUCAACUUUAUGUUACAAUUAGUUAUACACGACGUGGUGCACUCAAAAUAAAUAUUACUAGUCCACAUGGAACUCAAACAACAUUAUUAUCUGAACGUGAUCAAGAUACAUCAACAGAAGGUUUUAAAAAUUGGUCAUUUAUGAGUGUACAUAAUUGGGGUGAAGAUCCAAAAGGUUUAUGGACGAUUAAAAUUAUGGACACAACGGGCAACAUGAAUAAUCAUGGUUCACUGGAAGAUUUCCGUUUAGUAUUACAUGGCACAAGUGAAGCACCUCAUCAUAUGAAAGCUGGACCAAGAAUUUAUGACGAAAAUUAUAAUACCGUCCAGAAUGAACGAAGUGAAAAACGUCAAAGUUCAAAAUCUGUUGAUCGUCAACAAAAUAUAAUUGAAUCCAAUAAAAUUUCAUCAAAAAAUGCGGAAUAUGAUCAACAAGAUAAACUCAAUGAUAUCAACACUGUUCCCAACACAGAUAGUCAUUGGCUUCGUCUCCUUGCUCGUCUUAAUGGUAAUUGGUUGCAAUAA